AUGAAAACAACAUGGGUGCUCCUGUUGUUUUUUGCAUUAGGAGGGAUGUCCUUGUACAUUCAAAAGAAGCAAGACUUCUCCAAGCGUGUAACCAAGCUAGUGACUUAUCACUAUGGCAACAACGGAACCUUAUACUUUCAAACGGCUCCAAUUAGAGAACCUACGGAGUCUUCCGUCAUCAUUUCGAUGUGUCGGGGACAGUACAAAAUAGACGAAGUCACCUGUGAACAAAUGGACACAUGCCAGAGCUAUAAUAUAUAUGACAUUUCGCGACGGAACAGUUCCUUGUAUUUAACCGUGAGAGAGUCGGACUUAUAUUCUGUGUAUAUUCUCCGAUGCGGGAGGUCGACCAAUAUCGAAUUGAACUACACGCUUCAUAUGUUAAACGGGGACUCUGAAUUGUCUCUUGGGGAUUAUAAACAGUAUAUGACGACAUGGAUUCUCUUAUGUAUAUUGUUUGUUGUGUCGGUGUUUGUGGGUGGUGUGUGUACGUUGUGGUUCAACAAAAUAACGAUCAUCCAAAUUGUGCACGUCACGGCGCUGUUUUUCGUUGUAGUGGGAGAAGUGUUUUCGGUGUGUUACUUUUACAUGUACAACAAAUACGGAUUGAAGUAUGACAACUUCGACAUCAUGAGCAGGAUGUGUAGCACAUUUUCUGAUAUCAUCAUCAUCGGGUUGGUCACUAUAACGUGCAACGGAUAUACUAUUAUAUAUAAACACUUCUCUAUACUUCACUCGAAAGUGCUGAUCAUUGGAAUAUUGACUUACUGCGUCUCUGUUGUCCUCGCGUAUUUCGUCGAUGGCGUCUUCAUCUUUUUGGGAUUAGUCGCCGCGUUCUUUUUCAUCACGCCGACUGAGAUCAAGUCGAUUGUAUUCAACGCAAAAGUAGUGAAGUAUCAUAUACUCUCAAAUGAACGAGUCGAACACAUCGGGAGUCUUCCUCAGAAAAUUAUCGUCUCGAAAUUUCUGUUAGGCGGAGUUGUUGCAUUUUGGCUCUUGUGCUUCUUAAACACAUUCUUCCUCUUAUUCGCUUCAACGGAAAUCACCAUUUUGUGUUUUGUGUCACAGCGCAUCUUACAGAUUCUCUUUCUCUUUUACACCAUUGUCGUCUUCUUCCCUUUCAACGGAGUGUAUGUACCAAUCGAACAAAACAUUCAGAGCGUAUUGGCACACAACAGGUUCGCCGUCUCAAAAAAGACGCAAUACGUUGUCGUCGAUAAUUUUGAAACAUUAGUCGAGACAGCCCAAAUAGUCGUCUUCUCCUUUGCAAACUCAGUCAACUUAAACCAACUCAAACUGUCACCAGACGGACUAAUGAUAAUGCAAAACCUCUCGAAAGACCCUGUCAUCUGUAUGAAUAACUAA